CGUCCGAGAUUUAUCAAUUGAAAGAGGACGGGGAUUACACACUCGACCGUGUUUGUUUGUAGCAGCAGCAGUAGAUUUGCAAAUCCAGGGAUUAAACAGCAUAGGGGCGGCUGUGACAACGGAGUAGGUUGCGUAGCGCAGCGAUGCACUUCUCCAUUCCGGACACGCAGGAGUUCGGGCCGGACAAUGCGGGAUCGUCGUUCACGGGCUUCAACAUCCACAUCAACGGCAGCUUCCACUGCUGCCUGCGGUACAAACAGCUGCACAGCCUGCACGAGCAGCUGAAGCGUUCGCUGCCCACGCUCGUGCUGCCGAGCUUUCCACCCAAGAAGCUACUCCCGCUGACGCCCGGCCAGAUCGAGCAGCGGCGGAUCAGCCUCGAGCGGUACAUUCAACUAGUCGGCCAGGAUCCGGUGCUAUGCCGGUCGGAGCUGCUCCGGGCGUUCCUGCUCAACGCCCAGCAGGAGUCCUCGUUCACCGAGUGCCGCGAGGUCAGCGUGGACGUGUUCCUGAUGAACGGCUACCGGAUACAGACCAAGGCCUUCACCACCGACUGCUCCAGCAAGGUGCUGGAGAAGGCGUGCGCCUUCAUCGACCUGCCCAAAGAGUACACGUACUACUUCUCGCUGUAUCUGGUGCGCAAGGAGUCCAACGGAGACAUCGCCAUCACGAAGAAGCUGAUGGACUUUGAGGCGCCGUACAUCUCCCAGAAGCAGUGGGAAGACUGCAAGAUUGUGAUACGGACCAGCUACUGGGACGCCAACUACGACCUGGAACUGAUGCGGGACCGGAUCGCGCUGAACCUGCUCUAUAUCCAGGUGCUGAGCGACGUCGAGCGGGGCUGGAUCAUCACGUCACGCGACCUGGCCGAGCAGCUGACUGACCUGCAGGCUCGGGGGAACAAGCGCGAGUACGUGGAGAUCGUCCGGAAGCUUCCGCUGUACGGGUGUCUGCAGUUCCCGCGGGUUUGCGUCGACUACCCGCAGCCCAACACGCUGGCAACCGUCAUCAUCGGCAACCGGGAGCUGAACCUGCUGACCAACUACGGCAAGAAGAUCCAGGAGACCAAGUUCAAGGUGACGAGGAUCCGCUGCUGGAGGGUGACCACCAUUCACAACAACGAGGAAAUCUCCUCCAACUCGUCGUCGGAGAGCCGCGAGCCGUCCAACAACCUGGAGCUGUCGUUCGAGUACCUGAUGGCGAAGAACCAGCUCAAGUGGAUCACCGUCUACAGCGAGCAGUCGAUGCUCAUGUCCGUGUGCCUUCAGUCGAUCGUGGACGAGCUGCUGAACCAGAAGAACGGCUCCGACAUCAACAACAUCCAGACUCACCAAGCCGAGUUUGCUCGCCUGUCCUACAUCCGGCGCGACGGUUCCAACUACUGCAUUACCGACUCCAGCUCGACAGAUACCCUAAGUAGCAUAAGUGACAGCAACAGUACAUCGAAUCAGUCCAACAACGGCAGCAGCACCACCACCACGACCACCACCAACAACGGUACCUCGUUCAUCCGACGAAAGCUCAAGGAGUUCAACACGACGGUGCGCUUCAAGAACGGCAAGGAUUCGGUCCACAACGAAGCCUUCGAGUGGAUCGGCGACGACGAUUUGUAGCUUCGGUCUUCGGUUAGGAGGUAGUGCUGAAAGGGAACUCUCUAUCUUUUCGUUUGGAAACAAUAUUUUUUCACAGCAGACACACAGUACGUACACCAAUACAGUAAAACACUAUUCAUACUAUUUGCUAAACUGCUCAAUACACACAACUGUAAUGACUACAGGCUAGAGGUUAUGAAUGCAACAGGGCACAUGUUCCAGUAAUAGUAAACAAAACAAACACACUAACACUGCUACAAAAACACAUCAGUAAGAUUAAGGAAGGAACCUACAAGCGAAUUUAAGUAUACUCCCUCAAACAUUUACCCGUUUUGUAUUUAAUUUGUACAUUUUUUUUACAAUCGAUUAUGUUUAUACAUUCAAGUUGACUUUUGUAUAGAAUAAACGAACUAAAACUAAGAAAUCUUCAUCAAAACAAAAGAAAAGAAUAAAAACUAACAUUUAUGCAAAGUCUUCCAUUGACUAAACGAACAAGCAACCAACAAAUAUCCAGUUUAAUCAGGAAUAAACCACUCUCUACAAACGAAGAACAAAGAUUUAAGACUAUAUCGGUUUAGCGUUUAAGUUAAAAAAAAUACAUUUUGUUCAUUUGUGCCAAUACAAACCUAAUACAUACUACAAAACACUAACAAAUAAACUCAAAUAACAAGCUACUACUCAAUACGAAUACUGCUACACUUUACACAAAGAACACACACUCUCUCCUACACACGCUGAUGUUAUCAAUCAAAUUAAACAAAGUAAAAAAGAAACACCUGCUUCUGUAGUAAGCACGUCAGCACUGGAUCAGGAAAGCGCGAAA